AUGCCUGUGUUUCGGAGUGAACAUCCCGACAUUGCUUUGCCCACGGAUAUAACCAUUUUCGAAUGGCUGUUCGGAGACAACUCAACUCACUCACCGUUGAAUAGGUUCGCUGAAAAGGACCUGGCUGGUUAUCUUGAUGCUUCCACAGGGCAGCGUAUCUCGUGGAAGGAGGUGAAGGAUGCGGCCACGUAUAUAUCAACUGCGCUUGCCAAAAGAUACGGUUUCAAGGCCGGUGAUACGAUAGCCCUGUUCAGCAGGAACUCGAUCUGGUAUCCCGUAACUUUAUUCGCGGCCAUUCGGAUAGGAGGAGUGGUAUCGGGCGCCUCACCUGCUUAUAAUGUUGAGGAGAUGACGUACGCUCUUCGCACUGCAAAUGCGAAGUUUCUUGCCACGCACCCGACGUCAAUGGAUGUUGCAGUACAAGCAGCCAAAAAUGCCGGAAUCCCGCAGUCAAACGUAAUCCUUCUUGAAGGAGAGCUUCCUGGUUAUAGCACCGUACAGGAACUGAUAGCAUUUGGAAAGUCAUUUGGCAGUGGGGGUCAAGUCCCAGAAUUUCGGCUUCCGGAUAGGAUGAAGAAUAAAGACCUGUGCGGUUUUCUCAGUUUCUCAUCCGGAACAACAGGACUGCCUAAAGCUGUCAUGAUUUCCCACCAAAAUGUUAUAGCCCAAUCUCUGCAAGUGCAGCAACUUACGACAGAAGAUCAUACCCAAGUCCUAGGCGCCUUACCCCUGUUCCAUAUUACUGGUCUGGUCCAUAGCCUUCAUCUGCCAAUAUUCAUCAACGCAGAAGUCAUUAUGCUUCCCGAAUUCUCGAUGGAGGGGAUGUUGUCUACGAUCACCAGGUACCAGAUGCGCGAAGUCUUGCUUGUUCCCCCUAUUCUCAUCCGCCUAGUUCGAGAUCCUGUUGUGGACAAGUACGAUCUUCGAUGUAUCAAGCGAUUUUCUAGUGGCGCGGCUCCUGUAUCGGAAGAGAUUUUGCUACUCCUUCAGCGUAAAUUUCCCGGAACAGGGUUCAAGCAAGGGUAUGGGAUGACUGAGAGCUGUUCUUGCAUCACAGCCCAUCCACCGAACGCUUAUGAUUGGAAAUAUGCACAUCGUGUCGGUAAAAUUGUGGCGAGCACGGAGGUCAAAAUCAUCAAGGAUGAUGGCACUGAAGCUGAUAUUGGAGAGCCUGGCGAAAUUCUUGCAAGGGGUCCACAAGUUGUGAUGGGCUACCUGAACAACGAAAAGGCCACCCGUGACACCUUCGAUGACGACGGGUUUCUGCAUACGGGAGACCAAGGGGUCAUCGACACCGAAGGAUUCGUCACCAUAACUGACCGCAUCAAGGAGUUGAUCAAAGUCAAGGGAAUCGGUGUUGCGCCAGCGGAGCUAGAAGACCUGCUACUUGGUCACGAAAAGGUUGAGGAUUGUGCCGUGCUCAGCAUUCCUGACGACCAAGCCGGCGAGCGUCCAAAAGCAUAUAUAGUGCUCAAAAAAGGGCUUCCGAGAGAUCAACCCACAGGGCGACAAAUUAUGAAAUACGUGGAGGAGAAAAAAGUUCGCCAUAAAUGGGUCAGAGAAGUGGAAUUCAUUGAUGAGAUUCCAAAGAGCGCGAGUGGGAAGAUUUUGAGACGAGUCUUGAGAGACUACGCAAAGCAGGGUGUACGUGGGGUGGUUGUUAAGGCUUCCCUGUCUGUACGAGAGUCCAAGCUAUGA